AUGGAGAAACCCUCAAAGGAUCCUCUGACUUUAUCUCCAGGUUGUAAGAUGGAAGAUGAGGACAUCACAGCAGAUUGUGCGGGAGAAGAGACAAUGAGCUCAGCUAUGGAUGGUGGACUUCACAGUGUGGCUAGAGCAUGGAAUCCCUCUGACUCUGAGCAACCUCGUCUUGUGGGGAAUGGUGCCGGAAUUCAGGAGGAGAAGACAUUUUCCUGUCCUGAGUGCGGGGAAAGUUUUAGCUCUGAUUUAACUUUUUGUGUCCAUCUGAGUUCUCACAUGGGUGAGAAGUUUCUGUACUGUUAUGAGUGUGGGAAAUGUUUUCUUUAUCAAUCAGACCUUGUCGCACAUUACAGAUCUCACACGGGGGAGAAACCGUAUUCCUGCCCUGAGUGUGGGAAAUGUUUUGCACAAAAGAGUUAUCUUAUCCAACAUCAGCAAUUACACAUUGCAGAGAAGCCAUAUUCCUGCUCCAAGUGUGGGAAAUGUUUUUCACAGAAGUGUUAUCUUAUCGAGCAUCAGAAAGUACACACAGGGGAGAAGCCAUAUUCCUGCUCCGAGUGCGGGAGAUGUUUUUCACUUAAGUGCAAUCUUACCAAACAUCAGAGAUUGCAUACGGGGGAGAAGCCACAUUCCUGCUCCGAGUGCCAGAGAAGUUUUGCACGAAAGUGUUAUCUUAUCGAGCAUCAGAGAGCACACACAGGUGAGAAGCCAUAUUCCUGCCCUGAGUGUGGGAAAUGUUUUUCACAGAAGGGUUCUCUUUUCGGUCAUCAGAGAUUGCACACGGGGGAGAAGCCAUAUUCCUGCUCCGAGUGCAGGAGAUGUUUUUCACUUAAGUGCCAUCUUACCAAACAUCAGAGAUCACACACGGGGGAGAAGCCAUAUUCCUGCUCCGAGUGCGGGGUAUGUUUUUCACUUAAGUGCAAUCUUACCAAACAUCAGAGAUCACACACGGGGGAGAAGCCAUAUUCCUGCUCCGAGAGCGGGGUAUGUUUUUCACUUAAGUGCCAUCUUACCAAACAUCAGAGAUCACACACGGGGGAGAAGCCAUAUUCCUGCUCCGAGAGCGGG